CUCGCGACAGGAAGUUGAGAUGAAAACAAGAGCGGCUCCCCAAUUUAACCCCAAAAUGUAUUAAAAUAUAAAGAGUUGUUGUAAAGAUGAAGCCCGGCAGCGCGAGGAGCGGUGACAUCAUCCACCUGAACGUGGGCGGGAAGAGGUUCAGCACCUCCAGACAGACACUCACCUGGGUUCCUGACUCCUUCUUCUCCAGUCUUCUGAGCGGAAGAAUCUCAACUCUGAAGGAUGAAACCGGAGCUAUCUUCAUAGAUAGAGAUCCUUCUCUUUUCGCUACGAUCCUCAACUUCUUGAGGACCAAAGACCUUCAGCCUCGAUCCAUCAACGUGAACAUGCUCAUGCACGAGGCCGAGUUCUACGGGAUCACCCCGCUGGUGCGUAAGCUGCAGCUGUGUGACGAGCUGGACCGAUCCUCCUGUGGGAACGUUCUGUUCAACGGAUACCUGCCUCCACCAGUGUACCCCGCUAAGCGUCGUAACCGUCACAGCGUGGCGGGCUCUCAGUUCAUGGCGUGCCGCGUGGCGUUGGCCGACAGAGCGCCGGUCCGCCGCAGCAACACCAUGCCGCCCAACCUGGGGACCGCCGGGGUCCGGACCAGCACCGAGGAGAGGACGCCGGGGGGUCAGUUGUCAGACACCGGCAUGGUUCGGAUCAUCUGUGGUCAUCACAACUGGAUCGCUGUGGCCUACGCACAGUUUGUCGUCUGCUACAGGGUGAAGGAGUCCACCGGGUGGCAGCAGGUGUUCACCUCCCCUCGUCUCGACUGGGUGAUCGACCGCGUGGCGCUGAACGCCAAAGUGAUGGCCGGCUCGCUGGGCGACAACGACAAGAUGGUGGCCGUGGCGUCGGGGACGGAGAUCAUCCUGUGGGCCAUCUGCCCCGACGGCAACGGCAACGAGAUCGGCGUCUUCAGUCUGAACGUGCCGGUGGAGGCUCUCUUCUUCGUUGGUAACCAGCUGAUCGCCACCAGCCACACGGGGAAGGUCGGGGUUUGGAACGCCGUCACCAAACACUGGCAGAACCAGGACGUGGUUCCCAUCAGCAGCUACGACACGGCCGGCUCCUUCCUCAUCCUGGGCUGCAGCAACGGCUCCAUCUACUACAUCGAUGUGCAGAAGUUUCCUCUGAGGAUGAAGGACAACGACCUGCUGGUGACGGAGCUGUACAGAGACCCGACGGAGGACGCCAUCACUGCCCUCAGCGUCUACCUCACCCCCAAAACCAGUGACAGCGGGAACUGGAUCGAGAUCGCGUAUGGGACCAGCGCCGGGUCGGUCCGGGUCAUCGUUCAGCACCCAGAGACCGUCGGCUCCGGGCCGCAGCUCUUCCAGACCUUCUCCGUCCACCGCAGCUCCGUCACCAAGAUCAUGCUGUCGGAGAAACACCUCAUCUCAGUCUGUGCCGAUAACAACCACGUGCGGACGUGGACGGUGACCCGGUUCAGAGGGAUGAUCUCCACGCAGCCCGGCUCCACGCCGCUCACCUCCUUCAAGAUCCUCAGCCUGGACGACGUGGACGGACACGGAGGCUGCAGCGCCGGCACGGAGAUAGGUCCGUACGGAGAGAGAGACGACCAGCAGGUGUUCAUCCAGAGAGUCGUACCAGACACCGAUAAACUCUACGUGAGGCUGUCGUCCAACGGGAAGAGGGUGUGUGAGGUGCGCUCGGUGGACGGCGCCUCCAUCACGGCCUUCAUGGUGCACGAGUGCGAGGGCUCGAGCCGCAUCGGCUCCCGGCCGCGCCGCUACCUGUUCAGUGGCCACGGCAACGGCAGCAUCCAGAUGUGGGACCUGACCACCGCCAUGGAGAUCGCCGGCAAGGUCGACAUCAGAGCGCUGGGCGGGCCCACGGAGGAGGAGCUUCUGGAGCUGCUGGACCAGUGUGACCUGGCUCUGACCCGGACGCCAGACAGCACGCCCAGAGCCUCCACCUGCAGUCUUCACUCCCAGCUCACCGACGUCUUCAGGAUGGAGCGUCUCCACUCAGCAGCCGGAGCCCGAGGAGGCGGAGCUUCGGGUUCGUCCGUCUCGCUGUGCGGCAGCCUCCCCCGGCAGGCUCCGCCCCCCGCGCCGCUCGCCAGACCUGCGCGAGACUCCGCCCUCUGCGGGCCGCAGGCCCUCAGCAUCCCCGCCUACACCCACGGCUCCGCCCACAACCAGACCUCCAGCCCCCGCCCCCCCAGACACCGGGACCUGGACCGGGACCGGGGGUCUGUGCGGCGGGGCAGCUUCGUGGAGCGCUGCCAGGAGCUCGCCAAGGGGUCGGAGGCGGGCGCCGGCUUCGGGGUCCCGGCGGGGUCGGAGGGCGCGAGGCGGAGCUUAGCGGUGUGCACCGAGCUGGAGGCCCGGUUCGGCCUCAGGACCCCGACCACCUUCUCCGUGUCGCCCGGUGCACGCCACUUCCCCGGGCCGCCGCCGCCGCCGCCCUCGUCUCCGCCUCACCGCAGGGCGACGCCCACUCCCCCAACGAGCCCGUCGCGGUCCGGUGCGCCGGCCGCCACGCCGCCUCUUGAAGACGGGCCGGCCGCCGCCGAGGGCCCCGAGGGCCCCGAGGGCCCCGAAGGCCCCCCAACGGGACCGCCCACCAGCCCCAAAGCACACAUGAACGAGACCAGCUUCUGAUUGGCUGUGAGGCUGAGACGGCCUCUGAUUGGCUCUCGGGUUCUCCAUCAUUUAGAUCAGCUGCAGUGAAAUAGAACAAAGUACAUUCUGAGGUACAUGUUGUACUUUUAUCAUCCGUCCGCUUCAGUUACUUCACAGAUUAGUCAUCGACUAAUAAUUACAGAUGUAGAAAGAGGUAUGAUGUCAUCAUAUACAACAUAUGAACGAUGUGGUAUUACUGCUUCCUGUGUUGGAGGAGGACGUCGAUGACGUCAUCCAUGAUGUCAUCGACGGCUUCACCUGAACGGUCUUCUUCUUCUUCUUCGUGGCUUUGUAGAACCAACAGGAAGUGCAUUUUUUGUAUUAUUUUCAAAACAAAACAAAUUUUGUAUCAAAUCUUUAUUUUUUUUAAUUUGUGACCGUUGAGUUCUCGCUGAUCUUUACAGAGCCGACCCUGAACGCACCGCCGUCGCAGCCAAUCGGGCUUCAGAUCUUUAAUUUACAGGCUCCAUCCUUUAUGAUUAUUUACUGAAAAGAUCUUCAAUUAAUUUUAACUCAUUACAGGAAAAAUAUUUCAUGAACUUUGAUUAUUUUAUGUUUAAUUGUAUUAUUAUUAUUAUUAUUUCACGUUUCAGUUUUUUAUGUUUUUUUUUCUGACGAAGUUAAUACAACAAAAACAUAAACAAAUGGUUCUAGAUAAUAAGGAUACAUUAAACCACCAGCAGUGUAUAAAUAUAUAUAUAAUAUAUAUUAUUCUGCAUAAUGAGUUAUUUACUUUUUGUACUUUUAAUUAAAAUGUUGAAUGCAGUACUUUUUACUCUGUAUAGUAUAAUUACUACUUUUAUGAAGUAAAACAGUAUUAUUAUAAUAAUUAUAUAUUUAAUUAGAAUUUGACAAAUUUUUAUGAAAACCUUUCAGAACAUAAG